GGAAAUGCGGUUGCCGGGAUGUGGGGUAGCCACUCAGGCCGGGAGCUGGAGCCGCGCUUAGGAGGCGCGGCGUUGCAGCGGGCCCUGGCCGGGAAGGCCGACUACCUUCCCUCAGCCAUCGAAAAUAAACUUUGCUGCUCUUUUCGGGGCGUUCUGGGGUCCGCCUCCCGGCGGUGCCGCUGUCGGCGAAGAGCUUUUGUGCGUCAGGGCUUCCCUCCUUCCCUCCGCCUGUGCGGGGCCUCGGCGCCAUGGACGCCACGGCGCUGGAGCGGGACGCCGUGCAGUUCGCCCGGCUGGCGGUGCAGCGCGACCAAGAAGGUCGCUAUUCCGAGGCGGUGUUUUACUACAAGGAAGCUGCACAAGCCUUAAUUUAUGCUGAGAUGGCAGGAUCAGGCCUAGAACAUAUUCAAGAAAAAAUAAAUGAGUAUCUGGAAAGAGUUCAGGCUUUGCAUUCAGCAGUUCAGUCAAAGAGUGCUGAUCCUUUGAAAUCAAAACAUCAGUUGGACUUAGAACGUGCUCAUUUCCUUGUUACUCAAGCUUUUGAUGAAGAUGAAAAAGGGAAUGUUGAAGAUGCUAUAGAAUUGUAUACUGAAGCCGUAGAUCUCUGUCUGAAAACUUCUUAUGAAACCGCUGAUAAAACUCUGCAAAAUAAACUGAAACAGUUGGCUCGACAGGCACUAGAUAGAGCAGAAGCAUUGAGUGAGCCUUUAACAAAACCAUUAUGCAAAAUCAAGUCAACAAAUAACAAACCAAAGCCACCUCCGACGAGAGCACAUUUCCCACUAGGGACUAGUCCUUUCCUUGAAAGACCUCAACCCUUUAUAAGUCCACAGUCGUGUGAUGCACAAGGACAGAGAUAUACAGCAGAAGAAAUAGAAGUUCUCAGGACAACAUCAAAAAUAAAUGGUAUAGAAUAUGUUCCUUUCAUGAGUAUUGAUCUGAGGGAACGUUUUGCCUAUCCAAUGCCUUUCUGUGAUAGAUGGGGCAAGCUACCAUUAUCACCUAAACAAAAAACUACAUUUUCCAAAUGGGUACGACCAGAAGACCUCACCAACAAUCCUACAAUGAUUUAUACUGUGUCCAGUUUUAGCAUAAAGCAGACAAUAGUAUCAGAUUGUUCCUUUGUGGCAUCACUGGCUAUCAGUGCAGCUUAUGAAAGACGAUUUAAUAAGAAGUUGAUUACCAGCAUAAUUUACCCUCAGAAUAAGGAUGGUGAGCCAGAAUACAAUCCAUGUGGAAAGUAUAUGGUAAAACUUCACCUCAAUGGUGUCCCAAGAAAGGUGAUAAUUGAUGAUCAAUUACCUGUUGAUCAUAAGGGAGAAUUGCUCUGUUCUUACUCUAACAACAAAAGUGAAUUAUGGGUUUCUCUCAUAGAAAAAGCAUAUAUGAAGGUCAUGGGAGGAUAUGAUUUCCCAGGAUCCAAUUCGAAUAUUGAUCUUCAUGCACUGACUGGGUGGAUACCAGAAAGGAUAGCUAUGCAUUCAGAUAGCCAAACUUUCAGUAAGGAUAAUUCUUUCAGAAUGCUUUAUCAAAGGUUUCACAAAGGGGAUGUCCUCAUCACUGCAUCAACUGGAAUGAUGACUGAAGCUGAAGGAGAGAAGUGGGGUCUGGUUCCCACACAUGCAUAUGCUGUUUUGGAUAUUAGAGAGUUUAAGGGGCUGCGAUUUAUCCAACUGAAAAAUCCUUGGAGUCAUUUACGUUGGAAAGGAAGAUACAGUGAAAAUGAUGUAAAAAACUGGACCCCGGAGUUACAAAAAUAUUUAAACUUUGAUCCUCGAACAGCUCAGAAAAUAGACAAUGGAAUAUUUUGGAUUUCAUGGGAUGAUCUCUGUCAGUAUUAUGAUGUGAUUUAUUUGAGUUGGAAUCCAGGUCUUUUUAAAGAAUCAACAUGUAUUCACAGUACUUGGGAUGCUAAGCAAGGACCUGUGAAAGAUGCCUAUAGCCUGGCCAACAACCCCCAGUACAAACUGGAGGUGCAGUGUCCACAAGGGGGCGCUGCAGUUUGGGUUUUGCUUAGUAGACACAUAACAGACAAGGAUGAUUUUGCAAAUAAUCGAGAAUUUAUCACAAUGGUUGUAUAUAAGACUGAUGGGAAAAAAGUUUAUUACCCAGGUGACCCGCCUCCAUACAUUGAUGGCAUUCGAAUUAACAGCCCUCAUUAUUUGACUAAGAUAAAGCUGACCACACCUGGGACCCAUACCUUUACAUUAGUGGUUUCUCAGUAUGAAAAACAGAAUACAAUCCAUUAUACUGUCCGGGUAUAUUCAGCCUGCAGCUUUACUUUUUCAAAGAUUCCUUCACCGUACACCUUAUCAAAACAGAUUAAUGGAAAGUGGAGUGGCCAGAGUGCUGGAGGAUGUGGAAAUUUCCAAGAAACUCACAAAAAUAACCCCAUCUACCAAUUCCAUAUAGAAAAGACCGGGCCAUUACUGAUAGAGCUAAGAGGACCAAGGCAAUAUAGUGUUGGAUUUGAGGUUGUAACAGUGUCCAUGGUGGGAGAUCCCGGUCCCCAUGGCUUUCAGAGGAAGUCUAGUGGUGACUAUAGGUGUGGGUUUUGCUACCUGGAAUUAGAAAAUAUACCUGCGGGGAUCUACAAUAUCAUUCCUAGUACUUUUUUGCCUAAACAAGAAGGACCUUUUUUCUUGGACUUCAAUAGUAUUAUCCCCCUCAAGACAACACAACUUCAGUGAUGCAGCUUUUCAGCAUUUACUGGAUUUUACCCUUACCAGACAUCAGCUCUUCGAAUGAGGACGGAAAUCCUCAGGACACUGAACAGAAUUAAAUCUCUAAAAAGGUUACUGUGGGAUCUGGUGCUCAAGUCAGAGUGUUUAGAAGUGUAUAUAGUCAGAAUUACCCUAAAUCACUCAAGUACUAUUUACACGGUUUUGUGUGUAUAAGGAGUUGGUGUGCGUUGAGGGGCCACAUCGUAUAAACAGAUUGUGGAGGAUUAAAGGCUAGGCUCAGUACGAAGCCUUUGCUAAAAGAGAAUAGAGACCAGAUAGGGGACAUGACUCAUCCACUCACUGGGUGGAACAGUAGGCUGGCAUAAUAUUCUGAAAUAUUUAUAUUUGUCUUUUGGCAGAGCAUGUUGUAAGUUAAACCUGCUUGUAUUGUGAUUCUACUGUACAUCUUGGGCAGCUAAUUACCAAAUGAAUCAUGUCACCAUAACAGAUUUUUAAUUGCGUUAUGAUUUUUAAUGUUUGUUGCCCAGAUGUUAUGAAAGAAUAAAGCUUUAAGAAAUAUUUUAACUUAGUUAACAAUGAAGGUUGUUGAACUUAGGUACCUGUCUCCCAUUAACUCAUGUAAAGAGAACUGAGAUAUAUUCACUAUUGCAAUUCUUAUUUAUCAGGCUCAAUGAAGGUAGUAAUCUGA